ACGGAACAGACUACUUCUUGCUCUACAGACGUUUGCGGAAACAGACGUGCAAGGCCAAACAGAUAUCAUUAAACUAUAUAACGUCUCCAUCAUCUGGAAUAGAUUCCUUAUUGUUCCGAAUACAAGAUGACUACUGAAAAAUACCCCAGAUCUUCAAUUGAAGAUGAUUUCAACUAUGGCACAAACGUUGCAACAGCAAGUGUGCAAAUCCGAAUGGAUUUUUUGCGCAAGGUGUACAGCAUCCUGUCUCUGCAGAUCAUUCUGACCACUGCAACAUCUGCCCUCUUUAUGUUCUGUGACACCAUCAAGGAUUUCGUCCAUGCAAGUCCCGCGGUGGUGUUGGUAUCAGCAAUCGGCUCUCUAGUUCUGCUCGUGGCCUUGGCGGUGUACCGACACAAGCACCCAGUCAACCUUUACCUGUUAUUCACAUUUACUUUGUUGGAAGCAAUCUCUGUUGCAACGGCUGUGACCUUCUAUGAGUAUGCCAUAGUGCUCCAGGCCUUCUUCCUCACCACUGCUGUAUUCCUGGGACUGACUGCAUACACCUUCCAGUCUAAGAGGGACUUCAGCAAACUGGGAGCUGGAUUGUUUGCCUGCCUGUGGAUUCUGAUCAUUGCGAGUUUUAUGAGGCUCUUCUUCAACAACGACACCACGGAGCUGGUGUUUGCCGGCGCCGGGGCUCUGCUGUUCUGCGGCUUCAUCAUCUAUGACACCCAUCUCCUGAUGCACCAGCUGUCCCCCGAGGAGCACAUCCUGGCCUCCAUCAACCUCUACCUGGACAUCGUCAACCUCUUCCUGCACAUCCUGCGGAUCCUGGACUCCAUGAAGAAGAACUGAGGCUGCACGGGGCCCUCUGCUGGUGUGAGGGAGUUAUUACGAGGGAAUCGGUCAGAAAUGUCCUCGAUAAAUGCUGUCAUUUUGGUCCACGUUUAACCUUAUAAUACAUUAACACCAGGCUGUUUUCAAUCAUGGGAUUGUGGAACUGAAAUAGUUUAUUCCUUUUUUUUUCCUGUUUUAUUAUUUUGAAUGUGAUAUAUUGUUUCACGUUGGUAACUGGAGAUGAACUAAAUUAAUCUAAUCACAUGACAGUUUUUCAACCUUAGCUUGACUCUUGUCAUGCUGGUAUUUUUUCUGAAUGACUUUAUACACAAAAGUCUGUCAGGCACAAGAUGUUUAGGAGAUGUUGACAAGUAAUGAGUAUUGCAGGACCUAAAUAGUACCAGUACACAGGGAAAACGUGUGAGGUACUAUUCAAAUGAUUUUGAAUAUAACCACAGAGCACCAUUUGGGACCAAAUAAUGUUAUAAGAAGAUUGAUGUAAAGAUAUUUAAGUGUUUACUGUGUAUAGUAACAAGAAUUUAUAGCCGGAAGGAAUCUCAAGGAUUAAAUGAGAGUUGUUUAUGUUGAGAUACAGCUUAAUGUAAAUAAUUUACAAAGGGAUUUUUCUUGUUUCUGUUUAGCUUCUCUGAUUAAUUUAUUAACAAGACCGCAAGUGCAAUACAGUUGUAAUGUGACAUGUAGCAUAGUUGCACGUCUGUAAAAUAUCUGUCAAUCAUUAACAUGUUUGCUGUUGAUUAAAUUAAAGUUAAAUGUAAUGAGUUGCA